AUGAGACGAAAGAGAUGCUGUCGCCUGUUGCUGAAGCUGGCUCUCCUUCUGGCAUCACUGUGGAUGCUUUCUAUACUCGGCAGCCCCAAGAUGGGCUGGAAUCCCAGCUCCUCUCUCAGGUACGGCUGGUUGGACUACACGGAUGAGGACGACAACCCGGAGAAGGUCUGCAACUGCUCGGCCAUCCUGCAGGGAGAGCGGGACAUGCUGGAGCAAGCCAAGUUGCUGACCAUUACGAAGGACUUCCGCAAGAGGGUCAACAUCCCUGAUGAGUUUUACACCACUGCUACUAAAGACUGCAGGAAAUUCAAGUCAAGCAGGAAAUAUAUAACAUUCCCGUUGAGCCAGGAAGAGGAGGACUUCCCACUGGCUUACUCCAUGGUGGUGCAUCAUAAGGUGCAGAAUUUCGAACGUCUGCUGCGAGCCAUCUACGCACCUCAAAACAUCUACUGUGUCCACGUGGACAAAAAAGCCUCCGCGUCUGUUCUCUCGGCCAUCACCUCCAUCAUCUCCUGCUUCCCAAACAUCUUCCUGGCGAGCCGCUCUGAGAGCGUGGUCUACGCCAGCUGGUCCCGCGUCCAGGCCGACCUCAACUGCAUGGCGGACCUGUUCAACGCCAGCGCCACGUGGAAGUACUUCAUUAACCUCUGCGGACAGGACUUUCCUCUCAAGACCAACUUGGAGAUGGUGAGGGCCCUCCGCUCGCUCAACGGAGCCAACAGCCUGGAGUCGGAGAAGAUGCCCAAGAGUAAGAUGUGGAGGGUGGAGAAAGUUCAUCAGAUAGUUGAUGGACACAUGAAGGACGUGGGAAAGCCAAAGGAUCCAGCGCCCUUCAACCUCUCCAUUCUUUCCGGCAACGCUUACAUCGUGGUCACCCGAGCUUAUGUCCAAAGCGUCCUGGAGGACAAACGUGUCCAGGCGCUGAUCGACUGGGCCGCGGACACCUACAGUCCCGAUGAGUUCCUAUGGGCGACCAUUCAAAGGAUCCCCGGUAUCCCUGGAUCCACAUGGACCAACACUAAGUACGACAUGAGCGAUAUCAACGCUAUAGCGCGACUGGUCAAGUGGGAGUGGCACGAGGGCGCACGGGCUUCGGCGGACGCCGUGUACCCCGAGUGUCAUGGCACCCACGUGAGGGCCAUAUGUGUUUAUGGUGCAGGGGACCUGCAGUGGAUGUUGGAGCAGCACCACCUCUUUGCUAACAAGUUCGAUACCGACUUGGACUCUGUGGCUGUCUACUGUUUGGAAAAGUACCUGAGACAAAAAGCUCUGGCUGCUUUACAGUAG